AUGCAACUAGUUGAGAAGAAAACUUGCAAACAACAUUGUCAAAAGAAGAUAAUGUUUCUGCCUCACGAAUUGAUCAUCCAAAUCUUGCUAUGGUUACCAGUUAAGUCUCUCAUACGCUUCAAGUGUGUUUGUAAGUCAUGGUUUUCUCUUAUCUCUCAUGAUCCCCACUUUACAAAUUCACAUUUUCAACUCACUGCCACCACAACACCCAAUCAUAAAAUUCUGUUCAUUUCAACUUUCCCCUUUGAAACACUUUCUAUCAAUUUUGAACCAUUGCUUGACGAUUACAAUGCUUCUGUUUCACUCAACCUAGAAUGUAUCUUUCCAGAGUAUCCUACACAUUUUGAAAUUAAAGGGUCAUGUAGAGGUUUCAUACUUUUCUGCUGUUCCUCGAAGAUUUAUAUAUGGAAUCCAUCAACUGGAGUUCACAGACAAAUUCCUAUAUCUCCUUUUGGUGGUUCCAAGUUAGAUGUUGAUUAUUUCUAUGGUUUUGGUUAUGAUCAUUCAGCUGAGGAUUACUUGGUUGUUUUAAUGUCUCAUCAUGAUUCCGAUAAUCCGCCAUUACACUUGGAGUACUUCUCAUUGAGAGGUAAUACAUGGAAUGAAGUUGAGGGUCCUCAUUACCGUUACACCGAUAGGAAUAUCCACACGGGAGAGCCCAGAGGGGGGUUGCUCUAUAAUGGGGCUAUUCAUUGGUUGGCUUAUCGUGAUGAUUUACAAACGGAGGUUAUUGUUGCAUUUGAUUUAAUGGAAAAGAAACUUUCGUACAUGCUUUUGCCGUGUAGUCCUAUGCAUUGUAGUUUAUGGGUAUAUGGAGAAUUUCUCAGCGUAUAUACUACUGAUUAUAGUAAUGAUACGGUUGUUAUAUUUGUGAUGAAUGAAUACAAAGUGAAUUCGUCUUGGACUAUGACUCUUGCUCUUCCUGUUGAUGUCAUCCCGGUUGAGGACUUUUCUCCUUUGUGCUGUACAAAAAUUGGUGAUAUUGUUGGGACAGAUGAUGGCGAUGAUGGUAGUGGAUUGGUCAAGUAUGAUAAAAAUGGACAGUUUCUAGAGCAUCAUUCUUAUACUAAUGACGAUUUUAGAUGCCAAGUGACUAUGUAUGUAGAGUCUCUCCUUUCGCUCCCUAGUGAUGGUGACAACCACCAAGCUUAAGAUGAUGACGCAAACAAGAAGUGUUCUCCUUCACUAUUUUCUUGAUAUUUAUAUUGAGCUAGAGCAUUGCUCCUACGGUAACAAUGCAGGUAAAUCCCAAGUGGCUAUGCAUGUAGAGUAGAGUCUUUGCAUUCAUGGUGAAGUAAGAAGGCUUAAGAAGAUGAUGCAAAGAAGAAGAAUGAGAUUCUGAAUCAUAUGUUUGAAUGCAUUUGUAGGUACUAUGUCUAUGUGUUUUGCUUGAAUGCAUUUGUAAUAUGUCAUGAAAUGUUUAUUGAUUAUAUUGAUAACUUUGUUUGUGUGACUCUCUUUUA